AUGAUAGUUCCCAUCAGUGCUGUCCAGUCCCACAGAAAUUUUAUAAAUACCCUGGCAAGGUAUACAGGCUAUGAUGUGGCUACUCUCAAAAACCUAACCAACUGGAAAACAUCGAAUAUACAUGAUAACUUAAUGGUUGAGAUCACACAUCAUUAUCCCAUACCAAGCUGGGCCACACCAGAUGUACUGGCCAAGACAGAAAAGCUGUCAGACUUGACUAUAUUGUCACUGUUUGGGAUUUACAAGAAAAAAGAGAAAUCUCUGCUACAAGGAGGUCUUGUUGUGAAAGCUGUCCUGAAAGACAUCACAGAAGCUACUAAACAUGAAAACAAGAGAAAGUUAACUGUCUAUUCUGCACAUGCAACCACAAUUGCAGCCUUCCAGAUGGCACUCAAUAUUUAUAAUGGGAAAGUGCCACCUUUAUCUUCUUGCCAAUUUAUAGAACUGUACGAAGAUAUCAAUGGGCAAUACACCGUUGAGAUGUACUACCGAAAUGAUACUUAUGGAAGACUUCAGCAGCUCGCUCUUCCUGGAUGCACGUUCUCUUGUCCACUAGCAAGGUUUACUCGACUGGUUUCUGCUGUCAUCGUGAAAGACUGGGCAAAGGAGUGUGAGAAGUGAGCUCAGAGUCACAAGGGCUCUUGUAUGCCAGCAGAGAAGUAGACAACAUGGACAAGAAUACGACCAUUUGUAAAAAGAACAAAAUAUAACAGAUGCACAAUGGUAA